CGAUGUUGUGGCAGCGGCUGGCUGUGGUGGAGUGGGCGGACCUGGCCUGGGAGCUCCUGGGAGCCUCGGUGCUGCUGAUCGCCGUGCGCUGGCUGGUCCGGCGGCUAGAGAAGCGGCCGCGGGACUUGAACCGUUGCGGGACACUCUCCUCUCCACCUGGCGCGACUGAAGCGGUGGCCGCUCAGCCAGGUGGUAUGACAAUGGAUGCCAUGUUGGCUCGACUGAAACUCUUGAAUCCAGAUGACCUUAGAAAAGAAGUUAUGAAAGCUGGAUUGAAAUGUGGACCCAUUACAUCAACAACAAGAUUUAUCUUUGAGAAGAAAUUAGCUCAGGCCUUACUAGAACAAGGUCGAUUGAUGACUUCCUCUCUUCCCAAGCACAGCGAGAUGACUGCCGUGGCAUUUAUCCAGGGUGCCUCAAGGACUCCUGCGUCUGUGGAUGGGAAACAAACUCAGCAGGCCUGUUUUUCUGAGGACAGAGAUUUUGGUUACAGUGUGGGCUUGAACCCUCCAGAAGAGGAAACUGUAACAUCCAGUGCCCACCCGAUACCCUUCAGUGCCUCUUCAAGGAAUGAGAACCACAAGACUGGAGUGACAGCUGCUAAGGAGCCACUUCUGUACUAUGGAGUGUGUCCAGUAUAUGAGGAUGGCCUUGUGAGACAUGACCCAGAAAGGAUACAUGUUUACGAAGAUAAAAAGGAAGCUUUACAAGCUGUCAAAUUGAUCAAAGGCUCCCGGUUUAAAGCUUUUCCAACCAGAGAAGAUGCUGAGAAAUUUGCUAGAGGGAUAUGUGAUUAUUUACCUUCUCCCAGCAGAGCUAUGCCCGUACUGUCUCCUGUGAAGGCAGUGCCUCUCUGUGGCAGCGACAGCUUGAAAGCAGAUGGCUUGUGCCUGGCUGAAUCAGAAACUGUAAACAAAGAACGAGCAAACAGUUACAAAAACCCCCGUACACAGGACCUUACAGCCAAGCUGCGGAAAGCUGUGGAAAAUGGGGAGGAACAUACCUUUUCUGAACUUAUCUGGAGUAAUCCUCGAUAUCUAAUUGGUUCUGGGGACAACCCAACCAUUGUACAAGAAGGAUGUAGGUACAAUGUUAUGCAUGUUGCUGCUAAAGAGAAUCAGGCUUCUGUGUGCCAGCUGACAUUAGAGACUCUGGAAAACCCUGAAUUUAUGCGUCUGAUGUACCCAGAUGAUAACGUGGACAUGCUACAGAAGCGCAUCCUCUACAUUGUCGACCUGUAUCUUAAUACUCCUGACAAAGUGGGCUUUGAUACACCAUUGCAUUUUGCUUGUAAAUUUGGAAAUGUGGAUGUAGUCAAUGUGCUUUCUUCACACCCUUUGAUUGUGAAAAAUCCGAAGAAUAAAUAUGGUAAAACUCCUGAAGAUGUAAUUUGUGAAAGAAGCAAAAACAAAUCUCUAGAACUGAAAGAAAGGAUUAGAGAAUACUUAAUGGGUCACUACUAUGUGCCACUUCUGAGAGCAGAAGACACUUCUCCUGUCAUUGGGGAACUGUGGUCCUCAGACCAGAAAGCUGAAGCCUCUAAUGCUGACCACUGCAGAAGCAGCCCCAGAGAUCCUGUGAUGACACUGAGAGCGUUUGUGGGGCCUCUGAGUCCAUCCAAAGCAGAAGAUUUUCGUAAGCUCUGGAAAACUCCACCUCGAAAGAAAGCAGGCUUCUUCCACAGCAUCAGAAAGGCUGACCCAGAACGAGGCGUUGAGAGAGUUGGAAGGGAGCUAGCUCAUGAGCUGGGGUAUCCCUGGGUUGAAUACUGGGAAUUUCUGGGAUGUUUUGUUGAUCUGUCUUCCCAGGAAGGCUUGCAAAGACUAGAAGAAUACCUUAUCCAGAAGGAGUUAAGCAAAAAGGCUCAACAAGAAAUGGGAGAAAAUGAAGACUGCCCUCAGGACCAGCGCUCAGAUUGUGGCAGUGGAAAGAAGUACAGCAAUUCGAUCUCCGUGGGAGCAUUUCUAGAUGGGGAUGAUGACAUUAGCUUGGAAGAAAUUAAAAAUCAUCAAAAUAUAGUUACAAGUCAGAGUCAGCCCACAAUUGAUAAGUUCCAAAACUCUAAAAGUGGUUCCCUCCCUUUGGGACAGAAGUUGGACCCUGGAGAAGCCUCAGUUGGAUCUUACCCAGAUAACAGCAGAAAUGGGUUUUGUCAUCCUCUGAACAGCAGGACUGCAGAUGGAAGGGGACUAGAGGCCACAAAUGAAGAGGAGGCCCUUCCACCACCUGUUUCUAUUUUGACUCAAGAGUUUGAUAAACUAAAUUUGCAAAGUCUAGGAGAUAGCCUUUUUGAGGCACCAAAUAAAAAUAGAAACCUAGCUUCAAGAAAAGAUGUAGAAAGUGACUUGCUGGUAUCUCCUCCUGCAAUAGCAAGACUUGAAAAUAAGCAAGUCAGAACCAACAGUGAGGUGUCAGAGGCAAUGGCUGAAAUGUCUUUGGGCCCCAACAGCCCCCAACUUGGGGUUCAGGAUGGUCUGGAACCUGGGUUCUCAUCUGCCACAGUAGAUUCCACCACGAGACUCUUCCUGUCUGGAGACGAACCAUCAAAACUAGAUCGAGAUGUUUUAGCAGCUCUUGAGUGUGUGAAUAUUGACUUUGGUCUGUACCCAGCAGUCCACAGAUGGAAAAGUACCGUCAUGUGUUACUCGCCCUCAGACAGACAGAGUUGGCCAAGUCCUGCACUCAAAGGGAAGUUCACAACUGAGCCGGUGGAUCUUGAUUGCUCUCAUAGCUGCUCAGGACGAUGCAGUCCAGCUGGUAGCAGCCCCAGUAAGCCUGGCCAUACCACCUCCUCCUCUGGCCUGCACAGCCCUGGACGCUACAGUCCAGCACAUGGGAGACACUUCCAAAGAGUGGCAUGCAUGGCCCGACUUGCAGCUCUGUAGAGCCAGCCAGUAUGCUCACUCCUGAGAUUCAUUUACUUCUUUGUUUGUAAAAGAAGAGUAAUAUUUAUUGGUAAAAAUUCCAUGAAAGAAUGUAUUCUGAAUAACUUAAUCCUCACUUUGAGGGUACCAGAAUUUUAGAAAAUACCAUGUUCUGAGUAUAAUUUGAAUGUCUGAUAUUUUGGAAGAAGUUAAUGAAAGCAAGCUGAAAUACUAAUUGAAAGUGUAGCUAUAGUAAGACUUUGCAGGUGGAAACUUCUAAUUUUGAAAUGGAGCAAAGAUGCAAAGUCUGUUAACAAGAGAAGUGAAGUGUUGCUAAUUGAAUGUGUUAGCAACUCUGCAACACCGCUAACACCACUAUUUCAGAAAUAGAUGAAUUAUGUGUUGCCUCUUUUGGGGGGAGGGACAGCUUUCUGACAUGCAAUGGUAUAACUAUUUCACUUUAUCCUAGUUAUUCCAACCGUGAGAAAGUGGGUGACAGAGAAGCAGAUGGGCCCUGACUCAGACUUCAGUAACAAUGCUCGAAACACUGCCAGAAGAUGGGGUGGGGGGAGUUAAAGCCAUUGAGAAUCAUGCCAGCAAUCAUAGGAAACUUACCAGCAAUAACUACAAGCAAAACAAAAUUAUUUCUCAGUACUUGUCAGUGUAGCAAGUAAUCUAGAUAAGUAAUCUAGAAGUUGUUCCCUAGUCUUAAAAUUUAUCCUGAGAUUUCACUGAGCAUGAUUACACAACAGAUGUAUCCCAUAUUUUAGAAAUUAUUUAAAGAGCAUUACACUAGAGUUUAGCACUUAAGAUCUGAGUUCAUUUCAGGGGCUUGUGGUGUUUGUUUACUUUUGGCUAUCCCAAGAGAUGUGUACAGAAUUGCACUGCACACCCUAAGGCACCAAGAUAAAGCCACCUUGCUGAAGCUGGGUCCUGGCUCUCUGGCACAGUUGCUUGCACAAAGCCAAUAGUAGUCUAUAGACAGUGCUUAAUCCCAAUAUAGAACUAUACCACUGAUUUUGCCAACUUUAGUGCCUUUUGUGAGUCAUUUAAUUUUUCCAAAUUUAGAUUUUGAGAUCACAUAGUGCUAAAUGGGUGUUAGAUUCUCUUUUCUUAAAAAUGUUGACCAGGCAAGCCUUUAAACCCAGCACUCAUUAGACAAAAGGGAGGGGGGUUCUCUGAGUUUGAGGCCAGCCAAAACUAUACAGAGAUCUAGUUUCAAAAAAAAAAGAGAGAGAGAGAGAGAAAGAAAGACCCAAAAUAAUAAUAAAGUCAUUCUGAGCUCAAAUGUUUAGGUCUUUUUUUUCUUUUAAAGCUUAUUUUAAUGUGGUAAGAAAUAUCAGAAUUGAGAUUUUGGAUUCAGUUUCCUUGUAAGCAGAUGCGCUCUUAAGUACAAGACAGCCAAUAAAGUGACCUGGAAACAAUCCCAAAGGUUAUGUUUGUUCUCAAAAGAAACCAAAACCCACACAUUAUAUUCGCUAUGAUUUUGUUUUCUCUACAGUCUUAUUGUCCUGUGGGGUUAUUUUUGUUGUUGUAUUUUUCAUACUCAAAUAAAGAAUUGAAGUACUAGUUUUGCCCUA